GAGGUGUGGGCGUGGCUAAUAAAUAGUUUAACCCUUUACAAGAAGGAUGGCAGAGCCAAAAGGACCACCUUCUUCCAGCAAGAUAGAAAUGAAGAAAUACAGUUUUCCCGUUAAACCAAUUCAGAGACUUUGCUGGACGGAAGCAACUGCAGAUCAUCUGAUGACGCAUGAAGAGCCAGUGGUACUUACUGAUACUGAUCUAGUUCAAUCUGCUUUGCAUUGGGACCUCUCGUACUUGGAACAGAACAUGGGACCAGCUAAACACACGGUCUAUGUAUCGAAAUCAAGAUACUUCAUGUACUAUGAUGAGAGGAAGGUCAAUGAUUUCCCGUCAUUCAAGGAGCCGAUGAAAAAAAGAGAGUGGACAUUCUCAAAAUUUGUGGAUGAGUACAAAUCUCAUGAAGGCCGAACUGAUGAGUACUUGUAUUAUCAAGAUGCUCUCACUGAUACUGUUGGCAGUGGAAUCAAACAUGAUUUUGUACACUUUAACUGGCACUGGGUCAGUGAAAGAAAGAAGAGAUAUAACUGGGGACAGCUCACGUCCAAUCUAUUACUGAUAUCACAGCCUGGGAACAUAACUCCUUGUCAUUAUGAUGAACAACACAACUUCUUCUGUCAGGUGAGAGGUCUCAAAAGGUGUCUACUAUUUGCCCCUGAUCAGUAUGAUAAGCUGUAUCCUUAUCCAGUGGCUCAUCCUUGUGACAGACAGAGUCAAGUUGAUUUUGACUCUCCUGACUUUGAAAGGUUUCCAAAGUUCAAAGAGAUUGAAGGAUACGAGUGCAUUCUGAGUCCUGGGGAUGUACUGUAUAUACCAAUGUACUGGUGGCAUACUAUAGAGACCUCUCCUGGUGAAUUAUCAAUAUCCAUUACCUUUUGGUACAGAGGAGGGCCAGUCCCCAGUAAGAUCACUUAUCCUUUGAGCUCACAGCAGAAGGUGGCCAUCACUAGGAACAUUGAGAAGAUGCUUCACGAGGCACUCCAGGAUCAUAAUGAAGUUGGUCCUCUUCUUCACAUGAUCUGUGAUGGUAGAUAUUAAUAACACACUUCACACCAUCAACUUAUAUUAUACACACACACCUUCUCUACCUCUCUCUCUCUCUCUCAUUGACUGAC